GGUGAUGGCGAGGUCCUCUCCCUUCGACAAGCUUUUGAUGGUACAAUGCUUGAAACAGAAGGGUCAUGUGGUUGCAGUCACUGGAGAUGGCACCAAUGAUGCUCCUGCUCUGAAAGAAGCUGAUAUAGGUCUUUCUAUGGGCAUUCAGGGCACCGAGGUAGCCAAGGAGAGCUCUGAUAUUGUUAUAUUGGACGAUAACUUCACCACUGUUGUCACGGUUUUGAGAUGGGGAAGAUGCGCUUAUAAUAACAUCCAGAAAUUCAUUCAAUUUCAGCUCACUGUAAAAGUUGCAGCUCUAGUGAUUAACUUCAUUGCAGCUGUUUCUGCUGGGGAAGUUCCUCUAACGGCAGUGCAGUUGCUUUGGGUGAAUCUAAUUAUGGACACCCUAGGUGCUCUGGCGCUGGCCACAGACCGGCCUACAAAGGAGCUAAUGUUGAAAAGACCAGUUGGUCGGACUGAGCCCCUUAUAACCAGUAUAAUGUGGAGAAAUCUCUUAGCUCAAGCCUUGUAUCAGAUUGCUGUCCUCCUGGUCUUCCAAUUCAAAGGUGAAUCCAUACUAAGUGUCACACCGGAGGUAAAUGACACGCUGAUGUUCAAUACUUUUGUGUUGUGUCAAGUUUUUAACGAGUUCAACUCAAGGAAACUUGAGAAAAAGAAUGUCUUCAGUGGAAUUUUGGAGAACAAAUUGUUUUUGGGAAUUGUGGCUGUAACAGUCAUUCUUCAGGUGGUAAUGGUGGAGUUCCUGAACAGCUUUGCUGAUAUGCGGAAAUUGAAACUUUCGCAAUGGGGAAUUUGUAUUGUGAUUGCAGCUAUUACAUGGCCAAUUGGAUACAUGGUGAAGUUCAUUCCAGUUUCACACAAACCAUUCUUUAGUUACAUCAGAAGGACCCGGCACAGUCAUUCUUCAGGUGGUAAUGGUGGAGUUCCAAUUUCACCUAGCAGGAUUUAUGGAGCAAGCACCUUGGAUGGUGGAAUUUGGUCUAUGCAAUGACCGGAGUUAUUGGGAGGCUUUUAAUCAGAUGUUUUUUGGGUUUACUGCUGUCUAAACAACGUGGCUUGCUAGGAAUGUGUAGGUGUUUAAAAAUUUUGCAGAAGGGUUUGGAUUCUUUUGCUUUUCUACUUCGCAGAUUGGACUCUUUCUCCAGUGCUGUGUUUGGAAUCAGUUUUAGAAGGAACAGAGGUCCAAAAGAUGACACAAGCAAAUAAAGGGGGCGGCACAGAUUCAACUUGUUGGCCAACAUGUGAGAUGCAGCCCUUUCAUGAGAGUGUGCCCUUAUUUCUGCUGCUAGCAACACUCGCAGCUGUGUUGGAUAAGUCUUUUAAGACUUUUUCCUGGUAUUUAGCCAUUUGCUAGUAGGUGUCUUUGUGUUUCCUAGUGUUAUUAGGAAGUUGUUUAACGACUUUGUUUUUAGCACACUGGUUUCUAUUUUGUGGCUUUGUUUGUUCACUUUGUUGGCACCUUGACAGUUUUAAAUAAAAUUUUAAUAAAACA